GAGAGAGAGAGAGAGAGAGAGAGAGAGAGAGAGAGAGAGAGAGAGAGAGAGAGAGAGAGAGAGAGAGAGAGAGUCUGUUUGUGCCUGAGAAGAGAGGGGUUGAUCGGGGAAGUAAAGAGAGGAAAGGGGCGAAGGAAACGGGCGUGAAAAGGGUGCGUUUGCUGGACGACCAUGGCGGGAAAAUCGGGCACCGGACGAUACGACAAAGGGAUAACCCUUGGAGAGGGAACUUACGGUGUUGUCUAUAAAGCCAUCGACAAGCUGACUAAUCGGACGGUGGCUAUCAAAAAGAUUCGUCUCGGGAAGUACAAAGAAGGUGUCAAUGUCACAGCUCUGAGGGAAAUAAAGCUUCUUCGCGAGCUGAAGGAUCCAAACAUCAUCGAGCUCAUUGAUGUUUAUCCCCACAAAAGGAAUCUUCAUCUCGUUUUUGAGUUCAUGGAGAGCGACCUGGAGGCAGUAAUUAGGGAUCGAAACAUCGUCCUCUCGCCUGCGGAUGUGAAAGCCUACAUGCUGAUGACUCUGAAGGGCUUGGCCCAGUGCCAUAAGAAGUGGGUGUUGCACAGAGACUUGAAGCCCAACAAUCUGUUGAUCGCUCAGUCUGGUGAACUCAAGCUGGCUGAUUUUGGUCUGGCAAGGAUUUUCGGCAGUCCUGACCGGAAGUUGACAAACCAGGUUUUCGCUCGUUGGUAUCGGGCUCCUGAAUUGCUGUUUGGCAGCAGACAAUAUGGUCCAGGGGUGGACAUCUGGGCUGCGGGGUGUGUAUUUGCAGAGUUGGUUUUGCGCCGACCUUUCUUCCAGGGCUCAAGUGAUAUCGAUCAGCUGAGCAAAAUUUUCGCUGCCUUUGGAACUCCAAGGGAGGCUCAGUGGCCCGAUGUCUCUUGCUUGCCAGACUACAUGGAGUAUGUACAUUUCCCUGCUCCUCCUCUCAGCUCAUUAUUUCCAACAGCCAGCGAAGAUGCACUCGAUCUCCUUCAGAAAAUGUUCGCUUUCAAUCCCAACCACAGGAUUUCUGCGCAGCAAGCCGUAGAACACCGCUAUUUUACCACAGAACCUGCGCCUACUCGCCCAGAGCUGCUGCCUCGGCCUCCCCGUAAGGAGUCCAAUGAAGAUGCUCCUCCUCCACGUGUCGAAUCUCCAGGUCCACCCGUCGUUGUGUCCCCUUCUGCGAAGGCGCGGCGCUUGUCUUAUCAGUCAGCUGCACCUCAUUCCUCUGGAGUAAGGGAACAGGGCUCAGCGAUGAGGGAACAGAGUUCACUGAUGAGGGAUCAGGGGUCCGUAAUGAGGGAUCAGGGGUCGGUCAUGAGGGAGCCGAGCUCGGGGAUGAGGGAUCAGUCCAUGUGCGGUCCUACAGGGGAGACUCCAAGCACUACAGGGGCGAUGAAUUCGGCAGUACCCAUGUCUGUUGAUAAUGCUGCGGGAUUCAGACCCACUCUGAAUAGUGUGGACCGAUCAUACCUCAGGAAACGGAAGCUGGAGAUGGAUGCUGCAUUUAGCCAUGCCUAAUACCGUCGCGGUGGGGUAGAAGGGUGGGGAUGUGUUAGAUUUCUUCCGUUACCUCCGGCUUUCUAGAGAGCCAAUAACAUCAACGGAUCUGAUUUGUCUAUUGCUCUUGUGGUAAAGUUCAAUAAGGCACAGAGGAAGCACUGAUGAUGAUGAUUUAACAUCAAUGGAUCUGAUUGUUGACUCCACUGCCUGCUUUUUGAGACGGAGUUCAUUGUUUCGUGUGCUAGAUGAUCGGUCAUGUCAUCCCUUUCAUAUGUCUGUAGAUCAAGCUCAACUUCAUUAGCGAGUUAAUAAUUAUUCUGGAGACUACUGGAAUUCUCAACCUUUGAUGUCGUAUGUGCUUUUGUCAAAUCAGAUAUGCUUCCAAAAC